AGUGACCAUGGACUUGAUCCUUAACUUUUCCCUAGAAACCUGGGUCCUCCUGGCUACCAGCCUGGUGCUCCUCUAUCUAUAUGGGACCUAUCCACAUAGAGUUUUUAAGAAGUUGGGAAUUCCUGGCCCAAAACCUCUGCCCUUUUUGGGAACUUUUCUUUGUUAUCGUAAGGUGUCUCCUCUGUACCUCAGUAUAUUGGCCUUCAUUCUGUGGACCCCUGUGCCAUCUGUGUUCAAAAUCCCUAGCUAUUAUUGGCAUAUGUUGAGGAGCUUGGAGUAUGAUCACGGUCUGGAUUUCUUUGUUCUGGCUCAAGGUGCAGAGCCUGGCAGGUUAGGUUUUUCACACAGCUGUGUUUGGUACACACACAGGUUGUACGAUGGUCGGCAGCCCUUGCUGGCGAUUACAGAUCCAGAUAUGAUCAAAACAGUGCUGGUGAAAGAAUGCUACUCUACCUUCACAAACCGCCGGCCUUUUGGCCCAACAGGUUUUAUGAAAAAAUCCAUCUCCAUUUCUGUGGACGAAGAUUGGAAGAGAAUAAGAACAUUGCGUUCCCCCACCUUCACCAGUGGGAAACUGAAGGAGAUGUUCCCCAUCAUUCGUGAGUUUUCUGAUGGAUUGGUGAAAAACCUGAGACCACAAGCAGAGAAAGGCAAACCUGUAGCGUUGAGAGACAUCUUUGGGGCCUACAGCUUAGACGUGAUCACAGGGACAUCAUUUGGGGUAAACAUCGAUUCUCUCAACAACCCACAGGACAUCUUUGUGGAAAAAGUGAAGAGGCUUUUAAAAGCUGAUUUCUUUAAUCCAUUGCUUUUCUCAGUAUUACUAUUUCCAUUCCUUACCCCUGUUUAUGAGGCAUUAAAUAUCAGCGCGUUUCCAAAGGAUGUUACAGAUUUCCUAAGAACUUCUGUAGAAAGGCUGAAAGAAAGUCGCCUCAAGGACAAAGCAAAGCAUCGAGUGGAUUUACUGCAGCUGAUGAUUAACUCCCAGAAUUCCAAAGACAUGGAGUCCCACAAAGUUAUCUUUAUUUUCGCUGGCUAUGAGACCACCAGCCUCACUCUUUCUUUUGCUAUGUAUCUAUUGGCCCUUCACCCUGAUGUCCAAAAGAAGCUGCAAGAGGAAGUUGACAGGACUUUACCCAAUAAGGCACCUGCCACCUAUGAUGCCGUGAUGGAGAUGGAGUAUGUGGACAUGGUGGUGAAUGAGGUUCUCAGGCUGUACCCCAUUGCUGGCCGACUUGAGAGGGUCUGAAAGGCAGAUGUGGAAAUCAAUGGAGUGGUUAUUCCCCAAAACACCGUGGUGAUGGUACCAACCUACGCUCUUCAACGGGACGCCAAGUACUGGCCAGAGCCUGAGGAAUUCCACCCUGAGAGGUUCAGCAAGAAGAACAAGGAAAGCAUCAAUCCUUACAUCUACAUGCCCUUUGGAGUUGGGCCCAGAAACUGCAUCGGCAUGAGGUUUGCUCUCAUGAACAUCAAACUUGCUCUUGUCAGACUCAUGCAGAAUUUCUCCUUCCAACCUUGUAAGGAGACCCAGAUUCCUCUGAAAUUAAGUGAUCCAGGAAUUCUUCAACCAGAAAAACCCAUUGUCCUAAAGAUUGUGUCAAGAGAUGGGACCGUAAGUGGAGCAUGAUUUUCUGCAAAGAUUUUUCUGCUGUGUUCUCCAAAGACAUUGUUUCCAAGAGCACUAGAAAAUCAGUUGAUUGUAUGGGGGAAACAGUCCCUCAGAAAUGUAACCAGGCAUGGUGUUCUGCAGUGAAUUCCUGAUUAGCAAUUCUGGACAUUUUCAAGCUUGUUCAAUGGCUAUGUGGGCUUUUUUUUUAAUUACAUAAUGUUUUGUUGAGAUUAACUGAU